UUCACUCCUUCAGUCAGUGAAGCUCCCACAGCCGUUCAUGAGAGUUUAAAUGCUGGGGAAUAUUCCCAUCUUCUCACAGGAGAAGAAGAAGCAAGCAGGAGGAAUUACUCCAGGAGAAACUACGGACAUACUAUUGUAAAGAUGGAGAUUAAGGAAGAACCCUGCAGAAUAAAAGAUGAAGAUACAGAGGAACAAAUAGACCUGAUGGAAGUGAAUGAAGACAAACAGCAUCAGUUUCAAAAACCUCAUUAUUUCACAAAUGAAGAUGGAAAUGCAGUCGUUUCAAAGACUGAAGAGAAUUUCCCACAGAAACAAGCUGGAAAAUCUGGAGUCGAAGGAUCUUUAACCUGUUCUGAGUGUGGAAAGAGUUUCCUAUAUAAAUCAACCCUGAACAGACACAUGAUGAUUCACACUGGAGAAAGGCCUUAUACAUGCACUCAGUGUGGAAAGAGUUUCAUAGUUAAAACAAACCUUAACCAACACAUGAAAAUUCACACUGGAGAAAAACCAUUCACAUGCUCUCAGUGUGGAAUGAGUUUCAGUUACAAAAGCGUUCUCAAAGAUCAUAUGCGCCGUCACUCUGGAGUGAGAUCAUUCAGCUGUGAUCAGUGUGAUAAAACAUUUGUUUUUGAAUCCGGCUUAAGAAAACACCUUAAUGUUCAUGCUGCUGUGAAGCCUCAUGUUUGCAUACCUGCCAACUUUUGA